AAAGCUUUUAAAACAGAAAUAAUAUCGGAACCGUACAAAGGGACCCCGGGGAAUAUAAAUAUCCCAGCCUUUAAAAAGCCGGUUACUUGCUUUAAGUACGGGCAGUUAAGCCAUAUCGUUGCAGCAUGCAAAAUACGAACGGACAACCCGAAAACCCCGUUGGCCCUAACGACCAUACAAAAGGCAAAAGGGAAAAGGCCCGAAAUACGGUGUUACGGGUAUAAAAAAUUGGGCCAUAUCCGGCCGGCGUGCCUUAAAAAAAACAAAAUAUCGCUACCCAAUUCGAUACCGCUAUUUGGCCGUUUAGGUACCGGGGUUUAA